AUGUCGUUCACGCACUUGAUGCAAUCACUUCCUCGCACUGCGCCUGCCUUGGCAAAGUCAGCAUGCAGGCGUUCUUUGUGGACGAACAGUGCUGGUGUGAAGAGCCUGCUGACACUGGCUGAUCUCCCUGUCGAGCAGAUUGACGGACUGCUGCAGCGUUCGGCUGCCUUGAAACACAUCGCCAAACACACAGUGCAAGGUCCUUCUGGUUUGGAAAAGUCUUUGCAUAGCAAGACCAUUGCUAUCAUGUUUAGCAAGCGUAGCACACGUACGCGGGUCUCAAGUGAAUCUAGUGUUGCAGCGCUGGGCGGCCACCCCAUGUUCCUUUCCCCCUCUGAUAUCCAACUGGGUGUGAAUGAGUCAUUGUACGAUACUGCCAAAGUUGUCAGCUCUAUGGUUGAUGGUAUUAUGGCUCGGGUGGGUGGACAUGAUGAAAUUACGACCCUCGCCGCCAACUCGACUGUACCUGUGAUCAAUGCCUUGUCGAGUCGCUUCCACCCCACGCAGAUUCUCGCCGACCUUCUUACGAUGCUGGAAGUGGAAGCCAAUGGUGGUCCCAUUCCGUCCGUGACUGCCUUGGCUGGCAAGAAGGUGGCCUGGGUCGGUGACUCGAACAACAUUCUGAACGAUAUGCUUGUGGCGUACCCACGUAUCGGUAUGGACCUUAGUGUUGCAGCACCCAAGGGAUCUAUGUAUGCUCCUGAUCCUAUUGUAUGGGACUUAAUGGAAAAAGAGCUUGCCGCCAUGCCUGCCAGUGCUACGAAGGGCAAUGCCACCUGGAGCCACGAUCCAGCCGAAGCAGUGCGUGGCGCUGACUACAUUGUCACCGACACAUGGAUCUCUAUGGGUGACGAGGCGCAAAAGGAUCAGCGUCUCCGCGACUUUGCCGGGUUCCAGGUGACUGAGACCCUGGCAAGCCAAGGCGGCGCGAAGCCGGAUUGGAAGUUUUUGCACUGCCUUCCCCGAAAGGCUGAAGAAGUAUCUGAUGAGGUAUUUUACGGCCCUCGUUCCCUUGUUUUCCCUGAGGCAGAGAACCGCAAAUGGACCAUCAUGGCUUGCUUUGACUGGGUCUUUGGUGGGAAAGACUUGUAA